AUGAAGCGUUGGGUGGUCACCACCAAGGACCAGGGCUUCGAUGGCCUCAAAUUCGAAGAUGCCGCCGAAGUCCCCAAGCUUGGCGAUCUCGACGUGCUCGUCAAGCUGCAUGGUGCUUCGCUGAAUUACCGUGAUCUUCUCAUCCCGAAGGGCAAAUACCCCUUCCCGGACAGGAUGCCCGUCGUCCCCGGCUCCGACGGCGCCGGCGAGGUCGUCGAGGUGGGCCCCAAGGUGACCAAGUGGAAGAAGGGCGACAAGGUCGUCACCAUCUUCAACCAGGGCCACCAGUUCGGCGGUGUGGACAUCGCCGCCACCUACACCGGCACCGGCGGCAUGGUCGACGGCACGCUGAGGCAGUACGGCGCCUGGAACGAGAACGGCCUUGUCAGGGCGCCGAGCAACCUCAGCUGGCUCGAGGCCAGCAGCCUGACCUGCGCCGGCGUGACUAGCUGGAACGCCCUGUACGGUCUGCGCCCGAUCAAGCCCGGCCAGAGCGUCCUCGUCCAAGGCACCGGGGGCGUGAGUCUCUUUGCGCUGCAGUUUGCCAAGGCGGCCGGCGCGACCGUCAUCGCGACCACCUCCUCGGCAGAGAAGAUGGAGCUGCUCAAGAAGCUCGGCGCCGACCACGUCAUCAACUACCGAGAGGACGCCAACUGGGGCCAGACGGCCCGGGAUCUGACCCGCGACAAGGCCGGCGUCGACUACAUCAUCGAGGUGGGCGGCCCCAACACGAUGGGCCAGAGCCUCAAGGCGAUCAAGUUCGAGGGCAUCAUUAGCGUCAUCGGCUUCAUCGGCGGCAUGAAAGCCGAGAAGCAGCCGACCACCCUCGAGGCCCUGAGCAGCAUCUGCGUGAUCCGCGGCGUGUAUGUCGGCUCCCGCGAGCUGAUGCAGGACAUGGUGGCCGCCAUCGAGGCGAACGAUAUCCACCCGCACCUGGACCAGAAGGUCUUUAAGCUGGAGGAGACCCUGGAUGCUUACAAGUACAUGUGGGAUCAAAAGCAUGUCGGAAAGAUUGCAAUCCAGAUCGAGUAG